AGACGCUUAGUCACCCAGUAACUGGAUUGCAGAAUAUCUAUAAUAAUGAAUCCUCUUAAUAUCUUGUUCCUGGUGUGCGUGGUGUCCGCCGCGCCACAAGGAUACGGUGCCGGAGGCGACGGUGGGCUGGGAGUCGAUCUCGGCGGCACUGGAGGCCACGGCGGCAGCGGCGUUGGAGGUGGCAGUGUGCUUCCUUUCGUCUUGGCCGGGAAGGGUGUGCUUCCUGAAAGUGCCAUUGGUGGUGUAGGAGGCGUUGAUGGAGGUGUCAUCGGUGGGGAAUACAGCGCACCAGAUGCUGGAGUCGCCGGAGUCUUCGAUGGCGGUGUUGCUGGAGGAUUUGACUCUGGCUUCGCUGGAGGCUUUGAUGCUGGCGUUGGUGGAGGCUUCGACGCCGGUGUAUCUGGAGGCUUCGAUGCUGGUGUUGCUGAAGUCUCCCAUGUCAGCCCCCCUGUCAGCGUAUACGAUGCACCACACUAAUUCAUUGAAUUUGGAGAAUAAAGUCUAUUAACCUAA